AUGGCAGUGGAGGACUUGGCAGAUGAGGCGGCGGCCCCACAGGCCACGGUGUGGAGGAGACUGUGCAGGUUGCGGCAGCAGCACCAGGAGACUACACCAGAGGCGGCCGCACAUAUUGCAGUGGGUGGGAGGCCUGCAGCCUGGGCAGAAUAUGGUCCAGGAAUAUCAGCAUAUGCAGUUUUGCAGAAGUUGCAGACGGUUUUUAAGAUCAAACAAAAACUUAGUACAAAAAUUAUCCUAAAUCCAUGGACCACAACAAAUACAGAAUGCGACAGUGUACAGCUUGAUGAUGAAAUAAGGAUUCUGAUAUGGAAGAAUGCUGCUUCAGAAUCCUGUAAGAAGCUGGAGAGUAGUUCACAUCCCCUAAAUUCCUUUAGUAAACACAAUCCCGUGGGCUGUUCUGGACAACUGCAGGCUGGCAUGGAUGACAAGCGAACUUCAGGCAGCCUGUCAGAGGAUACAUUGACAAAGAAAAUGCCAACAGAUGUGCUGCAACAACAGAUUAUAUUGCUGGAAAAACAGAGGCAAGAGCUUUUGGCAGUGAACAAUCAAUGGGAUCAACAGUUCAGGCAGAUGAAGCAGCAAUGUGAAAAAAAGGUCACAGAAGUGAAAGCAAAACUGGAAACAAUGCAGGAGAGUGUCAAGGAACAGGAAAAAGAAAGGCACCAAAUGCAGCAAGAGUGUAGAAGGCUGGAAGCUCUGGCUACGAGUAGGCUAGUACAGGAAAUGAGAGACAAAAAAACCCUAAAGGAAGAGAAUAGACUUCUGAAAGAAGAAGCCUCCUUGGCAAACACAAAAAAUAUUAAUUAUGAAUGUGAAAUAAGUCGGCUCAACAAGGCCCUUCUGGAUGCCUUGAAAAAUCAAAGUGCAUCUUUGCAUGUGCCUCAUGUGGAUUCCCUGGGCAGGAAUUCCAACCAUGAAGAGAUGAGGAUGCAGAUGGAAGUUCUUAGACAACAGGUACAAAUAUAUGAAGAAGACUUUAAAAAAGAAAGAUCUGAUAGAGAGAGACUUAAUGAAGAGAAAGAAGCACUGCAGAGAAUUAAUGAGAGAAUACAAUCCCAGUUGGAGAACCUACAUUCUCAGGUUAAAGACUGCCAGGAAGAAAAGGAACGACUUGAAAAGCAAGUAAAGCAACAGGCAAGAGACCUCCGAGCCCUGAUGGAAAAACAUGGCUUCCCACAUCAGAUGUUUGAUCCUCCUUGUCUUAGUUGCAGGAACUGUGGAUUAUUUCACCCUUACCCUGAACCUCAAAUAACACUGGCCUCAUAUUGCAUUAAUGGAAAGCAGCAGCCCCCACCAGACUAUCAAUGGUAUGUUCCUGACCGGUUUCCGCCAGAUGUGCAGCACAAGGGAAAUGAUGUUUCUUCAGAGAAAGACAUUCCCAACUUGUAGCACAUGAAGAGAAAGUUACCGGAACAAAGACAAAGAGCCAGCCCGAUCUCAGCUUGUAACUGCUGUUACAUUUUCUUCCCCAAUUCUCUGUAUUUUAUAUAAUAUACAGUUUUAUAGCAUACAUACACAGGGAGACUUCUAUGACUGAGGAAGAAACAGAUUUUUCCCCAAACACAUUUCUGUUGCCUGUGUGGAAAGACUCCUCCUUCCUUUCUUUUAAAAUUGUUGUUAUCUGCCUUCAAGUUGAUUGCGACUUAUGGCAACCCUAUGAAUCAACGACGUCUAACAGCAUCUGUCAUGAACCACCCUGUUCUUUUAAAAUAGAUUCUACCAGUUGCAACUGUUCAUUCAGAAAUAAAUAUCUGCAGGAUUUUAAAGAACUUGCAGGAAUUGGCAGUGUGGUGGUCACUGCACAAAGAUCGGGGUGUGUGUGUCUGACUUUACUUUUGGGCAGAAAUGGAGGUGUAAGAUGUUGCAGCAGAGCUGCAGAUGUGCACUGUUGGUAUUGCUAAUGGGACAAUGUUCACAUCCCCAGCUUGCAUCCACACUGAGAUGGCUGUCCAGCAUAUAACCAUGCAUUUGCCCAGUGUUGAUUGUGGUAUGGCAUCUCCUAACACCACUGCCACCCAGUGCCUAGUGGUAAAGUUGGUGGGAACUCUUUUUUCCUCUCCCUCUGUGCUGUAGGAAUGUUUUAAUUGGUUGAUUCCUGCCAUAAGCAGGAGAUUGGACUAGGUGACCUGUAAUGUAUUUUCCAGUUCUAAAAUUCUAUGAUUGCCGCAUAAGAGCCACUAGUUUUGCUAGCAAACUGCCUCACUGGCUGCUGUUGCUUCUGCUGUAGUAGCAAAUUUUUGUAUUUGAUUGUAUUGCCAUUUGAAUGGACUGUGUUGCCAUAACACUUUUACUUUAAGAAUCA